AUUAUAUCUGUAUUCUACGGUGUUAUGAAGGAACUUAAUUUAAAUAUUUAUGUUACUUUUAGUUAUGUAUAAGACAUAGCCAAUGUUAAUAGUGUGUCAAAAUGCAUUGUCAUAAGUUAGAGGGUUAUGUUAAAUAUAAUUUUAUAGGACCUAUGGAUCCUCUGAUGCACAAAGUUCAAGUAGAUGGAAAGGUGGCAGAACAUUAAUCAUGGUACCGCCUCAUAUCAUCGGACCUAGAGCCCCGGAGGUGGUGAUACCACAGUAUCCCGGGGAUCAGUCACAGUUUCAGACUCCCAGGAUAUUUUCGUCUGCAGAAGAAGCCAAAAUACUUGCAGCUGAAAUAACGCUCUUUCGCUUGAGGUCAGCAGGACAUACUGCAGCCUCGAGUGAAGUAUCUACAGAUGUGGUCUCUGGUGACCUUCUGACUUCUGCCUACCAAAGUAAGGAGGUAAAAUCCAUUUGUGAGCUGGGAACACCUGUAGAGCAAGUUCUGUUACAGCUGGAUGAAAGGUUAUCAGUGAGCCGGGUUAGUGCAGUUGGUAUAGCGACUGGCUACUGGCUGGAUGACUGAGGAGUCGGAGUUUGAGUCCCAGUAGGG